UGAAGUUACGGAAUCGCGGAGGAUGUUCACUUUUACAAUUUUCACUAGUAUCCACCCCCUGAAUUUCGAACUUUUCUGCCACAUCGCGUGUCCUAACUGCGACAGAGUGCUGCUCGGUUAGAUUCGAGUUACAGAAUCGACCUUCGAGUUCCGCCAUGUUGGAAGUUCCGUCUUGCUCUGGCUUCAGUGCAUCAACUAAGAACAUUCAGUCGAGUCAGUUCUUUCCCAGGUCGGCAUAAGUUGGUGAGUUUAUCUGUUUUGUCGAGUUUCGACGUUCGAGGCUUACCGUGACGAAAAUGGCAUACCGUGGGGUAAAGGGUUCCGACCCAUUCGUGUCGAAAACCUCGCGUAACGAACGGUUCGCUCAGAUGUCGAAACAAGAGCAGAUUAUCCAACGGAAGAAACUUGAAAUUCAGGCGAAGCAGCAGGAACAGAAGGCUAAACAAACCGUGGAGGGCGCGAAAAAACCCCUGCCCGCACAAGCGAUCCCGUGUGCGGCCCCACCGACCAAAGUCAGCUCCUCACUCGAAAAGGAGGAGGAGAGACAGGCUAUGUCGUCGACGGUCAAUUUGUUUGCCAACGAUGGUAGUUUUCUAGAUCGGUUUAAGAAAAUUGCAAACAACAAAGUAUCCACGAAGCACAAUCUAAUGCAAGAAACCAGACGCAAACUGGAGGAAAGGAAGGAUGAGAUGAAAGAGGAAAGGAACCACGAAGGAACACGAGACCGAGAUUACAGAUGGAGUACGGAGAAGAGCAGAGAUCGUGAGAACCGAAAAGACAGGCGAAGGGGAGACUCACGCCGUGGAAGAGCUUCCGGAGAUAGAAGGCGAGGUUCCUCGUCGAGUCCGUCCCCCACUGGACGCGAGUCCUCCCCCGUUGCAGAUUCAAGGCAUAACUUCCGUCGGCCAGCUGUCAGCGGAGGUCGUUCGACGUUUGCCCAAAGACAGUUUCAGUCUCAAAACCUCCAAUCUCCGAAUCGAGUUGCGUCGAUUCCUCCUCUGAUGUCCCAAGCCCUGCUUCGGUCGACGAGUGUGUCUCCGUCUGACACGCGAUUUGCGGCUCCACAAUGCGGAAUGCAGCCCCUCACCGAGGAUUACAGCUGCCCAGAUCCCAGGAUGCGUAUUCCACCACCUCGCUUGAUUGGACCUCCACCGAUAACGUCCGGAGCUCGUCGAUGUGGGGUCCCCUUAACCGGUCCGCCUCCGUCUUCAAUGUCCAUACCCCAUCUAAUGCCGAGGCUCGUUGUCUCCGGGCCACCUCCGCCGCCGCCGCCGCCGCCUCCGCCCCCGCCACCGCCUCCGCCACCGCCACAAUCAUCGACUCGGCAGCAGCAGCAACAACAGCAACAGCAACAGCAACAACAGUCGACUUCUACCAUGGUCGUCUCCUCGAGCAUAAAUUCAGUGCCACCGCCGAAUCUAACCAUUCCACCCCCCAACGUGCCGCCUCCUUCUGUUAUUCGGAAUGCACCCCCGCCACCGCUGAUGGCGGCCAAUCUGGGCUACCCGAUUCCUGGUCGUCUGUCUAUGACAAUGGGGCCUCCCGAUCUGCGAGUUCCGCCCCCAGUUGGGCCACCACUCGGACCGGUAUACGCGUUGACUAUCUUAUCUGACAAAGGAUUCUAAGUGUGUCCCGUAGAAGCGGAGCAGCUGGCCCGGAUCGUGGCUGAUUGCGGAGACGAGAUCGAACAGGAAGCGCGAGAGAAGAACGCUGAAGAUCCCAAGCUAUGGUUUCUGCAUCAAAAGCAAAGUGCAGCAUAUCUGCAGUACAGGGGCUUGGUGGCGAAGUUCCGGACUGAAAUGGUCGGCAGCAGAGAUUGCGGAAGCUGCCUAGGUGCCGUGUUUGGGGAUGGCAAGGUUGGCAGCGGAGCGGAACCGUAUUGUCCGGAAGAAGCGUUAAGUGACACCGACGAUCUCGAGAGACCACAGAGGCAAACGCCCUCGACCGAUCGACCGAAAGAGGAGAGCCGAGAGGAGCGGAAACGUCGGAGGCGCAGUCGGUGGGGCGACCCCGAAACAAAGGUACAGGUCACGCCGGUCGCGCCACUCGCGCCACUCGCGCCGGCCGGCUCUCCCGUGUCACAGACGAAGCCUCGUGGCGCCAAAGGGAAGAAUCCGAUGCUGACCAAGAUCUCACGAAACGACCCGGUCUUGAUCCAGUACGCGAGGCAAACAUUCGGCACGCUGGAGCUCACCGAGGAACAGUGGAAGAAGGCGGAGGAUCACUAUAAGAUCAAUUUAUUGUACCAAAACCUCCUCAAGAAACGCGAGGAAGUGAAGCGUCUGGAGGCCCAGGGAAAGCACAAGUACGAGUACGAUAGCGACGAGGAGACCGAAGGCGGCACGUGGGAGCAUAAGCUGCGCUCCGCCGAAAUGGAGGCCACGCAGAUGUGGGCGGAAGAGUUGACUGCUCAGGCCGAGGGUAAACAUCACAUAGGCGACUUCUUGCCCCCGGACGAAUUGAAGAAGUUUAUGGAGCAGUACAACGCGAUCAAGCAGGGAAAGGAACCAGACCUAAGCGAUUACAAGGAGUUUAAAUUGAAACAGGAUAAUAUAGGCUUUCAAAUGUUACAAAAACUCGGCUGGAGCGAAGGCCAAGGCUUAGGAAGCGAAGGAAGUGGCCGAGUGGAUCCCGUGAAUAAAGCCACAAGUAGACUUGAUUCCGCUGGUCUUGGCGUCGACAGACCGGACGGUAUCUCGAGGGACGAUGACGAAUUCGACGCGUAUCGAAAACGAAUGAUGCUGGCAUAUAGAUUUAGACCUAAUCCACUGAAUAAUCCUAGGAGACCUUACUACUGAUUCAUCGUUCUCAGCUGCAAACGUAAGAUUGAAUCUUUUCAUCUCUAGACACUAUUAACUUUGUACAUUUAAAGGCGCGUUACAGACACAUUGCGUCAAAGAUCGUUGGCAUAAAUACGGGAAUGUCGUUAAAUAAAGUGAUACCGUCUUCGCAUACAGAA